GAUUAGACUUCAUCAUCUUAGGUUCUCACUCUAUUUAUAUUUUUUAAGGUUUUCGGGAUUUAAAAAUUAUUUAUUUAAUUUCUCUGAUUUUCUAUCCAAGAUUUCAUUAGUAGAUUCUUUAUUUUAAUUUCAAAACUAUGGUUAAGUAUAUUAUUACGAUUUGUGUUAGAGAGAGAUUUGUAAAUCUAGGGUUGGUGGAAACAAGGGAAUUGUCCUUUGCAAGAUGAGUGUGAGGUCAACAAAGAAGUUAGGCUUUGUUUGUUUUCUUUUGUGGUGUUUGUUCAUUACUAGUGAUUUUCUUUUAAUUAUGUAUCAGAGGAUAGUGGAUGCUUUUGAAAAAAGGUUGCUGCUGGAGUGCUGGUACACUUUGAAUUUGUGGGAUAAUGAGUCUAUGGAUUGUUACUUUUUUGUAUUUAUGGUUACCUUGAGACUUGAAAUAUUAUGAAAUUUAAUUUUAAUUUGCUAUUCUAGUCAAAUUUUUCUCUAAUAGAUGGUUUGGUUUUAGAAGGAGAAAAAAAAAUUGUAAUCUAUUUAGGGACGAAGGGAGUAUUUGGUGGAGGAGAAAAUGAAUUUAUUUUUAAGUUAAAGGAGUAAAACAAUAAUUAAAUAAAUUGAGUUAUUGAAAAUUCAAAUAAUUUAAAAUCGGCUCCACUCAAUACUCCGUAUAUAUACUCACUCCGUCUCCAAAUAGAUUACAAUUUUUUUUUUCUCUCCUCUCGAUAACUUUUGUUCGUUUACGCGAUAUUCUUGUCACUUCUUGUUUUGUAGAACUAUUGACGUAGUUUUUUAAUAUGUAAUUUUUGUAUCUUAUUAAUAUACCAAUUUGUAAAUAAAAUGAUUUCAAAAAGUAAAAAAUUUGACUCCGUACCCCGCACGGAGGGAGUACUUGUUACUCCCUCCGUCCUAUAUUGAGCUUCCCAGUUUGACUAAAAGUCAUUUUUAAGGGAUGAGAAAAUAUUGCUUUGACUUCCAAAAAUACCCCCAGGCAGUGAUUGAGAAGAGGGAAUGCAGCACAGAGACGAAGAAAAUACCCCUCCUUCAUCGUUAGAGUACUUCUUAAGCGCCUAGUUGCCGGCAAAGGUCAUCACCCCCUUGGUAUCGGUGCACAAACCACAUACUUCCAAGCGCCUGGUCUUGUGAUGAAUCGCUGACAGAUCUUGGUGCACAAACCACAGAUCUCGGCGAUAUUGUGAAUAAUCGCCGGCCCCUUGAUAUCGACGAUGAUAAGAAAUCACAGAUCGAAAAGGGGAGAUAGACUUGGUAAAUUGUUGAUCGAAAGGGGAACCAAACUUGAAAACCCGUAGAUCUUAGAUCUGUGGUUGUGAGGAGGUGAAGAAAGAAGAAGAGGGAAGAGAGACGGAGAAAGUGAUAUGAAGGAGAGAUGGAGGGGGAGGGAGGUGAGAUGGAGAAAGAGGAGAUGGAAAUCGGAGGAAGGGGAAAAGAGAUGAAAGGCAGAGACGGAGGACAGGGCAAUGAUUGAGAGGUGUUAAGGGGUAAUAU